UGAUAUGUAUCCUGUAGUCUCCAAAGAGAAUCAGUAUUUCUUUGUAGUCAAUAGAAACACUACUGUUAUAGGAGUCGCACUCCGUUUGCGGAAUGACAGAUAUAAACAGAUUUUGCGAGUCUUCAAGAAACUUCAUAGAACAAGAUUAAAGACAUUUAAAGACGAUGAAUAUGCAUUACAAGUUGUGAGAGAUCAGAUAAACAAAGAAUACAAAAAACAUAAAAAUGUCACAAACCAGGCAGUGAUUAAGGAGUUAAAUAAAUUUGCUCAGGAAGUCGAAUGUGAAAUACGAACGACUGUCAUACAAGCGGUCGAAACGGCACCUGGAAGAGUGGCGCUGCGACUUACUCCAGAUGUCUUGGUAGAUAACGUGCCAUAUAAGGAUCAAAAAGAUGAUAAAUUAAGCAAAGAAAGCAAAGACUAAAAUUGAACUGCUCACAAUCUAUGGUAUUGAAGGACAUCGAACAGGAAUAAGAAUCAACUAAAGUUAGUUAUGAAUAGUUAUUACAGUGAAAUCACUUAGACAUCUGAUUAUUUAAAAUUAAAAUUUGUAAAUAAUGUAUUAUAUAACAUGAAAAACACAUGUUUAGUGACUUA